GCGCGCAGGACGAGACCGGAGGCUGGGCGGGGCUCGGGCUCUGGCUGGAGCCCCGGCGGCCGCAGGUUCCAGAGUGGGUUUGAGCCGCCGCGGGUGCGCGGCGCAGUGCAGCCCCAGGCCCUGGCCCGGCCCCGGCCCACAACCCGCGUCGGUUCUGCUGCCCCGCCUCGGCCAGGCCCCUAAGGCAAGGACAAAGCAGCUUCCUGGGAAACUCCGCAGGGAUCGAAUUUACGCGCAGCUGCCGGCAAUCACCAGCUCCAAGAUGGUUUGCGGGGGUUUCGCGUGUUCCAAGAAUUGCCUGUGCGCCCUCAACCUGCUCUACACCUUGGUCAGUCUCUUGCUAAUUGGAAUUGCUGCCUGGGGCAUUGGCUUUGGGCUGAUUUCCAGUCUCCGUGUGGUCGGCGUGGUCAUUGCAGUGGGCAUCUUCUUGUUCCUCAUUGCAUUAGUGGGACUGAUCGGAGCGGUGAAACACCAUCAGGUGUUGCUAUUUUUUUAUAUGAUUAUUCUCUUACUUGUAUUUAUUGUUCAGUUUUCUGUAUCUUGUGCCUGUUUAGCCCUGAACCAGGAGCAACAGGGUCAGCUGCUGGAGGUUGGUUGGAACAACACAGCAAGUGCUCGAAAUGACAUCCAGAGAAAUUUAAACUGCUGUGGGUUCCGAACUUUUAAUCCAAAUGAGACUUGUCUGGCUAGCUGUUUUAAAAGUGGCCAUGGGUGCUCACCUUGUGCUCCAAUAAUAGGAGAAUAUGCUGGAGAGGUCUUGAGAUUUGUUGGUGGCAUUGGCCUCUUCUUCAGUUUUACAGAGAUCCUGGGUGUUUGGCUGACCUACAGAUACAGGAACCAGAAAGAUCCUCGUGCAAAUCCUAGUGCAUUUCUUUAAUGAGAAAAGAAGGAAAAUCUUUCAUAUUCUGAUCUUGUUCAUGUCCUUUAAUUUUAACUUAAGCUGAUUCGCCCAUUUAAGGAAGGAAACAAUGUCUGAAAAAUUACAUUAUUAACAGUGGAAUUAUAUAUUUUUAUUCUUAUGUUUCUCUAUGUGUUUUUCUUUUUUCCAUUGCUGAAAAAAAAAAUGGAAACUUGUGGUGUCCUCUGAAGCCCAGUCGUACCUGGACUCUGCUGUGUUCACAGUAUCCGGCCUAUCUUAGCAUUUUUACCUGCAGAAAACUUUGUGUGGCACUCUGUGUCGGUCACAUGGGUGAAUCUACACGUACAUCUCACUGGAGUAAUUGUAGGUAGCACUGUGCUGUAUCAAUUCCAAUAGUUCCUAUUGGAAAAAGAGUUGAAGUUUGUUAAAACCAGGAAGUAUGAGAUCUUAUUAUGUUAAGUUCAAUAACAGAAGUUCAAAAGUCCCAAUAUUUUUUGUCUGUUUAGGAAAGAUGUGUUGUAGUGAACUGCGUUAAUGUAAAACUGGUAAUUUACUUCUAGUAGUCUUUUAUGAUUACACUAGGGUAUUUUAGAAAUAGUUAUGUCUUUAGGAAUUGUGGCUUCAUUUUUGACUUUUACAGGUAAGUGCAAAGGAGAAGUAGGCUCAUGAAAUUUCCUAAUGUAUAAAAUUUACCUUCAGCUUUCAGAAUGGAAUAAGUUUGAGUAAUUCAGGAAGUAGAUCUAUAUAAUAGUGGUAUUAUUUUGUAUUAAUUUGAUGUCUAAAAGACUCCAUUUUUAGGUAAGUUACUAUUAAUGCAUUGGCCCAUGUAGCAAAAAGAUGUUUGAUUAUCUUAAAAAUUGUUAAAUACCUUUUUGAUGAAAUUUCUCAGUAUUGUGACAGCAACUUAUCAAACCCAAGCAUAUUUGAAUGUGAUCGCUCAUAAUUUGAUAUUGAAAUAGUAUUGUGGUUCUGUAUAUUAUGUUAACAUAUUAAAAGAUAGAAAUCUUU